CCUGCCUCCGCGAGCGAGCGAGCGGUGCCGAGCGAACCCCGGCAGUUUAAAUGGCUUUGACACUUAUCACGUGUAACGCCAAUAAGACCGGCUCUUGAAAGAAGAGAGAGAACGUCGCGGAGGAGGAGGAGAAGGAAAGGAGCGAGCAGGAGGAGGAGAGGAGAGCGGUGGGAGGACGAGGCGAGUGUGUAGUCCAAUCUGUUCGGUGUGCACAUGAGUGGCGUAGCGAGGCCAGUGAGCGCGAGGCAGGUUGUGAAUUCCUCCACCUUCCUUCCCUAAUUUCGUUUCUUUUCUCCCCGGAGCGGACGCAGAGGUCUGCGACUAUGGAAGAUGUCUACCCUUACAGCCGCAGCCCAGCCUGGGAGGAACUGAGGCAGUGAGAGAUGACAGCGAGGAGAGACGUUUCCCAGACGCUGAGCAGCUCUCGCCUCCAGGAGAGGAAGGGAACGGCGGAGGCGAAGGCUAACCCCGAUUGGUUUUAUCCCUCCCCUCGACAGGAGCCGGAGAAAGGGCCGCCGUCCGCGGCGGGGAUCCAUGCCCAUGUGGUGGGCGCUGUCGCCGGCUCCGGCGCUACGGAGGAGUCCUCCGAUAGCGAGGCAGAGCAGGAAGGCCCCCAGAAACUAAUCCGGAAAGUGUCCACCUCAGGGCAGAUCAGGAGCAAGACGAGUAUAAAGGAGGGAUUGCUGUUGAAACAGACUAGCUCAUUCCAGAGGUGGAAAAAGCGCUACUUCAAACUGAGAGGACGAACUCUCUACUACGCCAAAGAUGCCAAGUCUGGCAGUGCCUUGGCACACUGGCAGGAGCGGGCGCUACGCAGAGUGUCCAGGAGUCGCGUGUGCUGGCGAGUUCUGUCCGUGUGCUGGACGGGCGCACGACGCUCCCCUCCACCCCUGGGUGCCAGCGGAUCUGAGGAAGGCCUAGUGAGAAUUCGGUCCCUUAUCUUUGAUGAGGUGGAUCUGUCGGAUGCCAGCGUUGCAGAGUCCAGCACUAAGAAUGUCAACAACAGCUUCACAGUGAUCACUCCAUUCCGUAGGCUCAUCCUCUGUGCUGAGAACAGGAAAGAGAUGGAGGACUGGAUCAGCUCGCUCAAGUCCGUUCAGUCCAGAGAGCAUUACGAGACAGCACAGUUUAAUGUGGAACAUUUCUCAGGGAUGCACAACUGGUACGCCUGCUCCCAUGCACGGCCCACCUUUUGCAACGUUUGUAAGGAUAGUUUGUCUGGGGUAACAUCUCAUGGCCUCUCCUGUGAAGUAUGCAAAUUCAAAGCGCACAAACGCUGUGCUGUCAGAGCCACCAACAAUUGUAAAUGGACCACCCUGGCCUCCAUAGGGAAGGAUAUCAUUGAGGAUGAGGAUGGGAUUGCAAUGCCUCACCAGUGGUUGGAAGGCAACCUGCCUGUCAGUGCCAAGUGUGCUGUGUGUGAUAAGACGUGUGGCAGCGUGCUGAGACUUCAGGAUUGGCGCUGCCUCUGGUGCAAAGCUAUGGUGCACACAGCCUGCAUGGACUUAUAUCCACGCAAGUGUCCCCUAGGUCAAUGCAAAGUCUCCAUCAUCCCCCCUACUGCUCUCAACAGCAUCGACUCAGAUGGCUUCUGGAAGGCCACCUGUCCCCCGUCAUGUGCCAGUCCCCUCCUUGUCUUUGUCAACUCCAAAAGUGGCGACAACCAGGGAGUGAAGUUCCUACGGCGCUUCAAGCAGCUUCUGAACCCAGCUCAAGUCUUUGACCUGGUCAACGGUGGGCCACACCUUGGUUUGCGCCUGUUUCAGAAGUUUGACAACUUCCGAAUCUUGGUGUGCGGAGGUGAUGGCAGUGUGGGAUGGGUCCUCUCAGAGAUCGACAAACUCAAUCUACACAAACAAUGCCAGCUGGGGGUGUUGCCCUUGGGCACCGGCAAUGAUCUGGCGCGAGUGCUUGGCUGGGGCCCGUCAUGUGACGAUGACACCCAGCUGCCUCAGAUCCUGGAGAAGCUAGAGAGGGCCAGCACCAAGAUGUUGGACCGCUGGAGCAUCAUGACCUACGAGAUUAAGAUCCCACCCAAACACAGCUGCCCUACCACGCCUGAAGGAGCUGAUGACUGCCAGUUUCAUAUUUCAACCUAUGAAGAUUCAGUAGCUACUCACCUCACAAAGAUCCUCAACUCUGAGCAGCACUCUGUGAUCAUCUCCUCUGCCAAAAUUCUGUGUGAGACAGUGAAGGAUUUUGUUGCCAAAGUGGGGAAGGCCUAUGAGAAAAGCACUGAGAAUGCUGAGGAGUGCGACUCUAUGUCUCUCAAAUGUGCCAUCCUCAAUGAGAAACUGGACUCCCUCCUCCAGACCCUCAACACAGAGUGCCAAGCUCUACCUCCACUCCCCCUCUCCACUCCACCUAUUGUAGAGGAGGAACAGGAGGAGGAGGAAGAGGAGGAGGAGGCCAGUGAAGAGAGCCUGACAGAGCUGAAGGAGAAACUGGAGGAGGAGGAGACGGAGAAAGGAGUGGCAGGAGGUUCGCCGCACCAGCUGUUCAAAAGUAGGGAGCAGUUGAUGCUCAGGGCCAACAGUCUGAAGAAAGCAGUUCGACAGGUCAUAGAACAGGCAGAGAGAGUGGUUGAUGAGCAGAAUGCCCAUACGGAGGACCCAGAGCUUCCAUCCCCUUUGGAGAAGGACAGCGAGGACGAGAACAGAGACAGUGAGAAAGAUGAGGACACUAAGGAACUGGAAGCAGUGUCAUCUGCUAAGAGUCCCUGUUCUCCAACGGAGAGGAGAGUGAGCCGUAGCACCCAGUCCUAUAGCUCCUUCACCAUCACACCCUUCACCACCAGCAAGGAGAACCUCCCUGUACUCAACACACGCAUCAUCUGCCCAGGUUUGCGAGCAGGUUUGGCUGCCUCUAUUGCUGGCAGCUCUAUCAUUAGCAAGAUGCUGCUGGCUAACAUCGACCCUUUCGGGGCCACAUCAUUCAUCGACCCUGACCUGGACUCUCUAGAGGGCUAUAUGGAGAAGUGUGUCAUGAACAACUACUUUGGCAUUGGCUUGGAUGCAAAGAUCUCACUGGAGUUUAACAACAAGCGAGAGGAGCAUCCAGAGAAAUGCAGAAGUCGUACCAAGAAUAUGAUGUGGUAUGGUGUUCUGGGCACUAAGGAGCUGCUGCAAAGAACCUACAAGAACCUGGAGCAGAAGGUCCAGCUGGAGUGUGAUGGACAGUACAUCCCACUGCCCAGCCUUCAAGGGAUAGCAGUGUUGAACAUUCCUAGCUACGCAGGCGGGACCAACUUCUGGGGCGGCACCAAGGAGGAUGAUAUAUUCUGUGCUCCAUCUUUCGAUGACAAGAUCCUGGAAGUGGUUGCUGUUUUUGGGAGCAUGCAAAUGGCUGUGUCCAGAGUAAUCAAAUUGCAACACCACCGCAUAGCACAGUGUCGAACUGUGAAGAUUACGAUCCUGGGUGAUGAGGGGGUCCCCAUUCAGGUGGACGGUGAGGCCUGGAUCCAACCGCCUGGAGUCAUCAAGAUCCAGCACAAGAACAGAGCACAGAUGCUCACCAGAGACCGGGCAUUUGAGAACACACUGAAGUCAUGGGAGGACAAGCUCAAGUAUGAUAAGCCUCCUUUGCGACCUCACCUCUACCCUCAGCAGUCUGUGGAUCUGGCCACAGAGGAGGAGGCAGGCCUGGUGCAGAUCUGUGCCCGGGCUGCAGAAGAGCUCAUUACAAGGAUAUGUGAGGCUGCAAAGACGAAUGGGCUCCUAGAGCAGGAACUGGCUCACGCUGUUAAUGCUGCAUCACACGCCAUCAACAAAACACACCCGAAGUUCCCCGAGAGCCUUACUCGGAACACAGCCAUUGAGGUGGCCAGCACUGUGAAGGCACUCCACAAUGAGACCGAGUCUCUUCUGUUGGGCCGAGUCUCUCUACAACUGGACCCACCAGAGGAGGAGCAGCUGUCCAGCGCUCUGCAGAGCGUGGAGCUAGAACUUGGGAAACUGGGAGAAGUCCCCUGGCUUUACCACAUCCUGCAGCCCAAUGAGGAGGAGGAUCACUCUCUGGGUUACGGCAAGAGGAACAGUCGCAGCAGCAUGUUUCGCAUAGUGCCCAAGUUCAAGAAGGAGAAGGCCGCCAAGAAGACAAGCCCUCAAUCAGUGGAAAGAUGGGGCACAGAGGAGGUGGGCAUCUGGCUGGAACAGCUGAGUCUGGGGGAGUACAGAGACACCUUCAUCCGACACGACAUCCGAGGCUCGGAGCUGCUGCACCUGGAGAGGAGGGACCUGAAGGUGAAAGGCCAGCCGGCCAGCCAGCCAGCCAGCCACAUACAGCUAGCUGUCACUAUGGAUGCCUGCGCCCGUAUUCGAGGAGUCCCAAUCAGGUCCAGGUCCUCAGUGCGGAAAGAGACUGUGCGAGACAGUGGGGCGCAGAAUGUGAAGAGCCUCUUCAGGAAUAAAAAGGAGCUCUGUGGCAUUGGUUUAGAGCUGCCAGCAAGAGAUGCCACCAGGCUGACAGAGAUUCACUUUGUGUGUCUGCCUGAUGUAAGUGAUGGAGAAGAUGUCACCCAGCAGGUACAACAUGCUCUGUCUUCUCUGUCAGGGGGGCUGUGUGAGCUUCUCAGGUCCCUCCACGUCCACAGCAUUAGGAGCGAUGAAGUCCUGCUGCUCAAAGACUCUCGCAGGCUGCCAGAGCACAAGGAUGCCGGACCUCAGUAUUGGUUAAAGACAGUGUGUGUGCUGAGGAAUAGUUCCAGCACCAACGUUUACCCUCAAGCCAGUGUUCCGACUUUGGUGGGGCUGCUGGGGUGCUACAUGGCAGGUCUCCGCUAUACGCUGGAGCUUCAGGGUCUUCAGAGGGGGGCAGCUGAGCCCAACCAGCCAGAUGAAGACGACACCAACCAGUCGGUCUCAUCAAUCGAGGAUGACUUUGUCACAGCCCUAGAACAUCUGGAGGAGGACGACACAGGAGACAAUACCUCUGCAGCUCCAUUUAGUCAUUUUAAAAAGCGUGAUGUGGCUUCACAGACUGUCCCAGCUCACAAGAGAAGAAAGGAAUUAUCAGGCUCCCGCAUUAUCAUAAGCUCGACUUCGAAGAAGUAUUCAGCCAAACACAGAUCUGGUCCUGACGUAUCUGUCACAGUGCAGAGGUCAUCGGGUGUGGAAUCCCAGUGGACUUACUGCAGUCCUGGAGUUCGUCUCCCCUCACCUUUGAUUCAUGUCAGUGAAUCAGAAGAGUCAGACUGUUCCAGCCCCAGCCCUAUCAUUUUCCUGGAUGAAGUGGGCUACCAGAAGAGCCUGCUGGCCAAGCUGGACAUUCCUCAAGUGCCAGGGGGGCCCAGAGAGCGAGUUGAAGACUCAGAUUCGGAAGUUAGUGAGUUUUUUGACAGCUUUGACCAGUUUGAUGACUUGGAUGAGCUCAACUCAGAGAGCUGUACUCUUACUCUGCCUCUGGAUGCGAUUAGUGCUCCAGCAGCACAGAAAGAGGCUGCUGAAUCUGGCACAAGUACAUCAUCUUUAAAAUAUGUUUCUAGGGGCUGCUCAACCAAGGGAAUGAAUCCUCACCGCUUUGAUCAGCCCACUCUCCCAGCCAAUGUGAAAAAACCCACGCCCCUGAAACCAGGCUCUCCUUACUCAAUUCCCUCUGAGGUGCCGGAUUCCCCUUGGCCUGUACAGACUCCCUCUGAGGAGAACGGCGGUCCCCUCUUCAGUCCUUUGAGCUCCUCUGCCUUCAGUCCCCUGGUGGACUCCAGCGGACCACUGGAAUACUUCUGGAAUACAGAGGUGGAUGGACAAGAUGACUCUGAGCUACGUAAACCCCAGGAUCUCUGUUCUUUGUAUAAGACCUACUCAGACUUUGCUAGCAGUCUGUCCAAAGAAAUUCUUGGAUCUGUCUGUGGCUACCAGUCUGCUGUUGACAUCAGUGACAACAAGAAUCUCUCCUGUGUCUGCCACAAGGAAUUUAAGAACCCUUCAGGAUACCUGAUGAAACUCUCAGAAAUACAGGAGACUGUAACAGUGGCCAAGCUGCAGAAGAAAUCCCAGUCUCUGAAAGAUGGUAUUCAGAGGUUUGCCAGUGACCUUGUGGAAAUGAGCUUGGGCAGCGCUUUGCGAGACCUCCAAAAAGGGGUGUCCUCCUGCACCACCACCUUGUGCCACCUAGCUGCUCGACUUACCUCCUCAGUAUUUCAAAUGGCCUUCCAUGAGAUUGGCAUGCGACGUGCAUAUGUACUGAAGGAGCGGGCAAUCAACGGGCUGGCCAGCUUCCUGGUUGGAGAGGCCGUGUCCGCAGCGCUCAAAGAGUUCCUGACUGUGAAGAAGCAGAUUUUCCACAGCACUGUAACACGUUUUGCUGCUGAUCUGGCUGAAGAGCUGGUGUUUGAAGGUAUAAUGGAAGUAUGUCAGUUCUCCCACCCCUCAACCCCUCUCACCCCAAGUGAUUGGUCUUUUGGCCAUGGGCAAGAGGAAGAAGAGGAGGAGGAGGUGGUGUCCUCCUAUGCCUCGGACCUUUCUGAGUCUGUCAUCCAGGAGGCCUUCAUAGAGCUCUCUCAGGCAGAUGUUGCCUUCACAAGCCAAGCAGCUAUAAGUGUGUCUGUGGACAACAUCUGUUAUGUCAGUGCAGAUAACACCUGCACUCAUACCUGCAGCACCUUUGCUAACCAGCAGGUUUUAAGUGCAGCGGUCCCAGCGGAGGAUGCUUCUUGUACUGUGAAGAAAGCCCUGUUCACUGUAUCAGGGAUGGCCAGCUGUAUUCCUGUGCCCCAAGCAGGGCACGCCCUCUCCAACCUCCAGGAUUCCGAGGAGACCACUCAGCAGAGGUCUAGCUUGUCACAUACCCCACCGACCAGCCCCAAAAGAUCAACUGUGUCAUCCUCUGAGAAUGCCACUUCUCCACUAACGCCCCUUUACAGUCAUGGAACUCAGACCUCUCUACCAGCAGGAGAGCCCUCCCCAAAAAAGUCUCCAUUCCAAAGCUUCUCUGGCAACAUAGUGGAUAUGAUAGUAACUGAGGCUUGUGAGCUAAUAACUGCCUCUAAAAUGAAGAAGGGUUUCGGCGACUGUGCUGACUUCCUCACAAAGACAAUCAGAAGCCGCAGGGACUCUUACGAUGCUCCGGAUUCCCCUUCAAAGCAAGGAGCUGUCAGGGAAAGUUUUAGAUAUGACUAUAGAGAUUCUGGGCAUGUUAGACCAGGUGGCCCUAUGGGACAAGCAAAUAAUCCUCCCAUUUCCUUUCAGACAGGCACUCUAAACCAGGGGAGUUACCGAUGUGAGCGAGGCCCUAGGACCAGGGGUGUGUCUGAAACACAUCCUGUGAUGAGGAAUACUUUGGAAGUGCCGGGUAAUGAGAUGGGUGGACAAAGGAGGAUAUCCGCUACUGUGGAUGAUUCAGCUCCAAACUCUGGACAGAAGUCUACUGCGACUCCUGGUACUCCUCCUUCCACCCCCCAGCAGCCCAGUGAGGUGUCCAAGGAGAGACAGAUAAAGCAGUUCUCCAAAAAGCUGAAAAGCAAGCUGGCUAAAGAAUUUUCCCCUGCAACACCACCUCCAACCCCUCACUAUCAGCCUGAGCUGGGCCCGGGACCAAAAGACACCAUCCCAGAUGCAGACAAGGCAGAGUUUAUGCUCAAACUGAUGAGAUCUCUCUCUGAGGAGGCUGAUGGAAAUGAGGAAGAAGAGGAGGAAGAACCGUCAGAAGAAGACGGUGUUGGAGUUGCUAACACAUCUUUAGAGAGAGGGGGCGGCCGACACACACCCAGCUCGAUGUGCGCUCGCGUAAUGUCCAACAAAGAAGCUCUCCACUAUGCUGAGCGGUUGGCGUGCCACAUAGUCUCCAUGGCAACAGAGAUGGACACCCUAGGAGGGGCAGAAGAGAAGCAGGGAGAGACGAACCAGGGCAGUGAGAAGAGGAGAGACAGUGUGGCUCAGUUUUCAGAGCAGACCCUCAACUCAUUGUGGGUGUAUGCAGGAGAGGUGGCGGGAGAGGUAAUUAGUGAUGUGAAGAGGAUGGUGAGCUCUGGACAGCAGUGCCCGCAUCACAGAGCUCUCAGAAGAAGAAGGAGCUGGGACAGAUCUAGCUCAGAAUGUUUGCAUUACCACCACAGACACCACUCUCAACCCGGUACAGACCAGAGCAGAGACUGGAGGUUAGGAAGGCUGGCUGAGCAGUGGUCCAAUGACCUGAUUGCCUCGGUCUCCCAGUCUUCCACCUCUGCUUCGAGCACUGUGUCUUGCUCCAGCUCUGGUCUAUCCUCUGAGUAUCCCAGCUGUGAGAGCGUGACAGAUGAGUAUGCCGGCUACCUCAUUAGGGUGCUGAAAAAGGAAGGGGGGAGUAGGGAGUUAGUCCUGGACCAGUAUGCAAGCCGUUUGGCUUAUCGUUCUAUAAAACUUGGCUUGGCUCACGCCAGUCGUAAAAUAAAGCAGAGAUCCUCUAGUGCACGUCUUUGCUCCUCUAAGUCUCUGCCAGAUGAAUGGAAAUCAUCUUGUAGUAGUAAAACGUCAUCAGCCAAGGAUCAAACAGAGAUGGAUAGAAACACCCAGUGUUGUUGCAGGGACUCUGAAGAGCAGAGUAAGAGGGAGUAUAUGGACCUAGUCCACUUUGCUGAAUCUUUAGCAUAUAAUAUCACCUGUGAUGUCACACGCAAGCUCCAUCUUUCCUCUGUACGGCUGCCAAAGUCUCUCACUGACUCCUGUCUUUAUAAAAAAUCCAAACUGGAAGACAUGGCAGAGAAUCUCAUCAGGAACUCCUUCUCCUGCCCUUUGUUAUCCAAGGAGGGUAAGAGCAAGCACUACCACAGCACAGGGAGCCUCUACGAUCAAGGUUACAGUAGCAAGGUGAUGCAAGUCAUCGAGCAUUAUGCAAGGAAAAUAGUGGAUGACACGCUGAAGAUAAGCAUGGCUUCAGUUGACCAUUCAUCACGGGAGCACCAAGGCUAUGACAGACACACUCACACACAGAGGUUGUCUGAGGGCCCAGUUCUGGUCCGGGCAAUGGGGGAGAGGGCAUGUUGUUGCUGUCAAGUCCAGGAGUGUCCAUACUGCAGCAAGCACAGCAGGCACCACUACCAACCUGUGCUGCAGAGGAGGAAAAGGGGAGGAGACUGUCAAGCAAGAGUGCUCUCUAGUCUGGAGAUUCCCAAGAUCCACAUCGACCUGGACCACAGGGUGGCAUUUGCAGAGGAGAUGGUAUCCAUGGCAAUGGAGACAGCAAAGCGCGAGCUGAGCAACACCAGCCUUAAUGCUGACAGCGGGAUCGGCCAUGAUGGCACCAGCUACGCCGAGAGCCUCACUGCUGAGAUCAUGACGUCAGCCCUGUCCAACAUAUGCCAGGCUGCCCUUACCAGUGCUUCGAGUAGGGAAACCACUGAGUCCACUGUAUCUCAGCAGCUGAGUGUUGGAGAUGACAGCCUGGGAAGCUGGUCCAACCUGAGCUUUGAAGAUGAGCACCCAGAUGAUAACAGCAGCUUCCUCCACCUCAGUGACAGCAGCAAUGGGAAUAGCAGUAGCUGGAGCAGUCUGGGCCUGGAGGGGGAGGUGUGUGAAGAGCACUUGUCAUUCUCCCCCUCUGACAGCGACAAUACAGAGGACAAGGAGGCUGAGGUCAAAGAGGAAUCAAGUGGGACACUCUGUGUGGACAGGACUCAAGUGCAAACUCCCAGGACUGCCCUGGUCAUAGCGAACUCAGAUCUCAGAGAUCCUGGGAGUGGCCCUAAGCACGUCACCCUCGACCCCCAGCUCAGGAGCAUGCUACAGUGGCUGGCAGCCUCCAUGGCCGACAUCCCUCAGAUCCAGCUGUGUCCUGACAGAGAACUGCAGCAGCUCCCAGCGGUGGUCCAGAGGCUUCGAGAGAGGAAGUGGAAGGUGGGCGAGCUGCUGCACAUGCUGCUGCGCUACUGUGAUGAGAGCCACAGUCAGCCCGAGGCCAGAGAAGAGGCACUUGAGGCCGGCAAAGAACCUCACUGCAUCUCCCUCUUCCAGUGGCUUCUGGAGCGCGCCUAAGGCCUCUGCUUUUUUCCCCCCCUUGCUCUCCUCUCAUUAUUUCCAAACAGGGCUUUGCAACCUCUAUGAGCCCCAAAAGGCUGCCCCACAAAUCUGAUCUAACUCCCUCUCACGAAUGUGGGCAGCACGUGUGUUGCAUUGCGUGUAUGGCACGUGUAUGCAUGCCAUCUUUUCUCGGUUUUUGUUGUUUUUUUUUUCCCCCAGUUUCUGUUUUGUUGCUGCAGUUUCAUCAGUUAUCAGGCCUGCAUGUGUAACCCGUGUUGAUUUAGUGAGCUGUCUCCUUUGCUCGCCUACACUCUUGAAUCGAAGGCCUCACACCUUGCUGUGCUUAAGCUACAAGGAGAAGUGGGGGAGGACCCACCCGGUGUGUUUCCAGAGGGAGAUGCAGUGUGUUGGGAGAAAAGACAGAAUGGGAAUCCCCACAGCUGCUGGGCGGAUGAUGUCAUCACACCCACACCUCACCUCUCUGGUGGUAUUUCCACAUGUUGAGAGACCAACUGUACACACGCACAUAUGCACACACAAACACAUUUUGAUUAUUAGAACCAAUUCAAAAUACAUGAACACAAUUCCGUUACUGUCUUGAUCCACUAGAGUUGUGCUGCAGUAAGUACGUUUAGCUUUUCUCUAAAUGACUCACUACACUGCCAUACAGAGAGGUUGAUAAGACUCUGUUAAGCCCACCUCUGUAGUUUAGUGAACUGUGCUGUCAUUUUUGCGAUGAUGAUCAUGAGCAAAUUUAUUUGGCCACAGAAUAAAUAAGAGUUUUAUCUAAUACUGUAACCCUGCUUCUUCUAGUAGCAAUCCACUUGGUUGUCAUACUUAGUAAAAUAUUAAAGAGGAGAAUGAGUCAUAGUGAGGAUUUAUUAAAAAAGAAAAGGGAAAAUAAUCUUUGUAUGUACAAGGAUUAUCUUUCUAUUUCCUUUUUAUAUAUGUAAAUAUAUAUAUGUAUUUUUUUUUUUUUUUUAAGGUAGUGUAUCUAAUCAAACAUGAAAUGCUGCUUUUUACUUGUGGAGGAAAUGGUCACUUUGGCUUACCGCUACUAAGCUGGGUGACUGUUCACCCUCUGCAGUUCAGUAGUUAAUUGCGUACACCGGUCAUCUGUGUCAGUGGCCCUCGUCCAGUCUUGGGGAAGAUCCAGUGACGCAGAUAGCAGAUCCUUGAGUAAUUAAAGACACCGGCUCUGUCUGCACAUCGUAAAACCGCAGGCUAGCAACAUCUGCGUCGCUCAGGCCUGGACUCACACAUUCUGUCACCCACACUCCACAGUCACCUCAAGGAGUCGAAGAGUAUGAAUACCACAACUUCCGUACAGUAACCUGCCCCCCUACCCCACCCCCUCAGUGUAACACACACACACACACACACACACACACACACACCCUCAUUACUCACCAGCCCCCCUUAUGCACAGCACUACCAGCUACUUGCUGAGAAGCACUUUUUUUUCUUUUUUUCUUUUUGGACUUAGCCUGAGGAGAGACUGGGCGUUUCCUCUCCCCGGCCGCCUCUGUGGACCUAAAAUCAAUCUGCAAAUUAAGGGGAUACAUUUGGAUGUUUGUAUUUAUUUAUUUAUUGUUGUUGUUGUUGUUGUUUUUUUGUUAUGUUCUGUUUUUCCCUAAUGAGGGACUGAAGGAUGACAUGAUGCUGCAAGGUCGUCAAAUUUAA